CUUGCGCAAGUCUCAUGUGAACUUGUUCCCCCCAAGCCAAAUCGGCCGACAGAAGGUAUACUUUUCUUUAAUCUUGAGCUCUCACCGAUGGCUGCACCUGGUUUCGAGCCUGGCAGGCAAUCUGAGUUACUGGUGAAACUGAACAGACUAAUAGAGCGAUGCCUGAGAAAUUCUAAAUGUAUAGAUACUGAAUCGCUCUGUGUUGUUGCUGGUGAAAAGGUUUGGCAAAUUCGCCUGGACCUGCACCUGUUAAAUCACGAUGGUAACAUUGUUGAUGCUGCUAGCAUAGCAGGAAUUGUAGCUCUGUGUCAUUUUCGCAGACCAGAUGUGUCUGUGCAAGGAGAGGAAGUGACUGUGUACACUCCUGAGGAACGUGAUCCUGUCCCCUUGAGCAUCCACCACAUGCCAAUUUGUGUCAGUUUUGCCUUCUUCCAGCAAGGGACCUAUUUAUUGGUGGAUCCAAGUGAACGGGAGGAACGUGUAAUGGAUGGCCUCCUUGUGAUUGCCAUGAAUAAACAUCGUGAAAUUUGUACCAUCCAGUCCAGUGGAGGUGUCAUGCUAGUACAGGAUCAGGUUCUCAGAUGCAGUAAAAUAACAGCUGUUAAGGUUACAGAAAUAACAGAACUCAUUCAAAAAGCCUUGGAGAACGACCAGAAAGUUAGGAAAGAAGGUGGGAAGUUUGGCUUUGCAGAAUCUAUACCGAAUCAAAAGAUCACUGCCUUCAAAAUGGAAAGCGCUGCUGUUGAUACCAACAAUGUGGAAGAACAAGCAGAAGCAAUCAUCACGAAAGCUGACCCUCCUUCAGAAGUUUUCACUAAACCAAUACUGCACACUCCUGGGACAGCCCAAAUUGGAGAAGGGAUAGAGAACUCCUGGGGAGACCUUGAAGAUUCUGAGAAGGAGGAAGUGGUUGAAGAGGAAGGUGAAAGUGAGGUGACUGCGUUGGAAUGUCAGAAAAUGGAAACUGUGGAUACAGCUACCAUAAAGGAAACUAAGAAGGAUGAACCUAUUGUGCUGUCUGACAGUGAAGAGGAGGAAGUUGUCAUUCUGGAGCCACAGGAAGUACCAAGGAAAACAAGAACACAGAACAACUCAAACCAAGGAACUACAACUAAGAAAGCAUUUAACAAGAGGAGGAGAAAGAAGAGAGCUACUCGCUAA